GACCUCUGGUGCAUCCAACGCAUUCAUUCUGGAUAGACAACCCUCUAUUUCAAGAUGAGCUUAGCUGCUCCGGCGCUGCCUUUCAAAGCAAUCGCACCUGCCCGCAUCAUCUGCGCUUCCCGGCACUGCCAGCGUAGGAGCGUAUCGCAAGCAUCGAGAACCCAACUCAAGAGGCCAUCUAUCACAUCGCAAAACCACCAGCAGCAUGCGCCGCGAAUACGGUUCUUCCACGCAACGACGUCGUCCCAUGCCAUCGCCGACCCCUACGCCACGCUAGGUAUACCCAAAACAGCCUCCGCUGCUGAUAUCAAAAAGGCAUACUACGGCCUGGCGAAGAAAUUUCACCCAGAUACGAACAAAGACCCCUCUGCGAAAGAGAAAUUUUCCGCGGCGCAAUCCGCCUACGAGAUACUGUCGGACAAUGAUAAGCGCAAAGCAUACGAUUCCUAUGGCGCCGCAGCUUUUGACCAGAAUGGCGGUUUUAAUCCAAGCGCUGGUGCGGGAGCGGGCCCCGGCGGACCUCAAGGGAAUCCAUUUGCGGGCUUCGGGGGUUUCGGAGGUUUCGCAGGAGGGCAAGGCGGUUUCCAGGGAGGCUUUGCGCAAGACAUCAACUUCGAAGAUCUUUUCAGUGCUUUUGGGGCAGGCGGAAGGAGGGGAAGGAGAGCGAAUCCGUUCGAAGAGUCGAUUCUGGUCGGAGACAACAUCGAAGUUCAGACGAAUAUCUCGUUCAUGGAUGCAGCGAAGGGUGUCAGCAAAGACAUACACAUUACGCCAUUGACGGAGUGCAAGACUUGCCACGGUAGUGGGCUGAAGAAGGGUGCAAAAACGACAGAGUGCAAGAGCUGCGGCGGAACCGGGCAAAGAGUCACAAGCAUGGGUGGCUUCCACAUGAGCGCAACGUGCUCGAGCUGUGGUGGAUCAGGUGUUGCUAUACCUCGGGGCUCAUCGUGCGGGACCUGCGGCGGCGAUGGUGCUGUCAAAGAGAGGAAGACUAUCACGGUCGAUAUCCCGGGCGGUGUUGAAGACGGCAUGCGGUUACGAGUCACCGGGGAAGGGGACGCGCCUCUCACCGGACAAGCUAUGGGUGCAAAUGUCAAGGGGGCGAGAGGCGAUCUCUACGUCCUAAUCCGCGUGGCUUCCGAUCCGAAGUUCAAGCGUGCAGGUUCCGAUAUCCUUCAUACGGCCACAAUCCUUUUGACAACCGCCGUAUUGGGCGGAGAGAUCAAGGUGCCAACGCUGGACGGCGAAGUCAAGGUCAAAGUACCUACCGGCUCUGGGACAGGCGACAGGGUCACGCUAUCCGGCAUGGGCAUGAAGGUCCUCUCGGGUCGACGGAAUGCAAAAGGCGAUUUGAAGGUCGAAUUCAAGGUCCAGAUGCCGAAGUAUCUGAGCGCCAACCAGAGGACGAUCCUGGAGAUGCUGGCUGACGAAAUGGGAGACAAAAGUGCUAAGAGGAUCAUGAACAUCGGCAAGAUGAAGGCAGAGCCAUCAAAGCCAGAGGACCACAAGAACGAAGGUUUCCUGAAGAGCACAUGGCACAAUCUCACUGGACAGCACCGGAGUAUGGACGAGACAAAGCAAGAUGAGACGAAAAAGGACGAGGAAGAACCGAAGAAGAAAUCCUCUGGAUCCGGAUAAUCGCAACCAUGUUCGAGAAACGGAGUACCAUUUUGUCUACGUAAUAUGUCCGGAUCGAGAACUUUUUCUCCAACUGUAUAAUAUCGCAAAAUAGUGGCACCGGCGCAAAAGGAGGCGGAAGCCUGUUGGGAGACAUUUUACAGCAUUUGUUGGCGUUGCUCGAUGAUAAGACGUUCAUAUAGACCCCUUGGUAGUCCUAGCCCUCUCGACUCAGGCUUGUAUAUUACCUCAUUCUAGC